AUGGCGCACUCGAAUGCUUCCACACUUGCCCGGGUCGCAUACCGUGGCUUGCAGGCCACACGAGCCGCGCGCAUGGCAAUCCCGGUUGUCUCUGCGGCUCCUGCGAUUUUUAAGUAUGAACCUAGGCCCACGAUCGGUCUCACAACCCGCCGGGCCAUAUCGAGCACCUCCGGCCGCAAGGGCAUCACACCGGACGACAAGCCAUCAAAACCCGUGGAAACACCCCCUGUGAUUAGGACGCCCGCCGACAUCAAUGAUAGCGAAUACCACGCGGUCGCAGACGAAUAUCUCGAUAAGCUUCUCGCCCGGCUAGAGGCGAUGCAGGACCAGCGGGAGGACGUCGAUGUCGAGUUCUCCGCUGGCGUCUUGACCCUCGACCUCGGCCCCGAAGUCGGUACCUACGUGAUCAACAAGCAGCCACCCAACAAGCAAAUCUGGCUGUCUUCCCCAAAGACGGGUCCCAAGCGCUACGACUACGUUAUCCUUGGCGAGGGGCAGCAUGAGAAGCAGGACACGGCGACCGGUGAUUGGGUGUACCUCAGGGACGGUUCUACCCUGGACCAUCUACUUAAGACCGAGAUUGGCGUCGCCUUAGGCGUUCCUGACCUUGAUGGCUAG